UCGGAGUGUGAACGCAUUCCGGCAUAAAUAAGAAUCUCCGCGAAGAGUCAAAUUCCAUCCUCCAAAUACUCAAUAACCCCAAGACGAAGCUUCCCCCGGACGCCUUCUCCUCCCACCUGCCGGUCUUUUGGGGAGACGGUGAAGUUACUGCGCUUCGCCAAGAACUCAAAGGUCUACAUCUUGUAUAAAUGGCUGACCAAGACAAAGAUCAUAUCCCCAUGCUAUCAAAAGAUAUCGAGCUACAGAAAAUCACUGCCAGGAGUGCAUCAAUGUCCAUGCCCCCAAAUGUGUCCUAUGAAAGUGAAGAUACUUUUAUAUCUCAUACUGGUCCUUUGCGCAUCCAAAGGACGACACAAUUUGCACCUACAAGUGGUCCUUUAUGUGGCAAUCAGAAGGUAGAUGAGGUUCCUUGGCUUAAAAAUGGCAAGCAACACGCUAAAAUACAUGCAGUCAUGCCAGAAGUAAUGGGUCAAAAUGGCUGGUCAGACAAUAACCAUCAUACAAAAAAUGAGCACUUGUUGAAGUCUGGGCCUCUUGGGUUAUGCAAUGACCCUGACUGCACUGAUUGUCCUGCAGCUUAUAAAACCAAAAGGAGUUAUUAUAAAAACUCGGUUUCUCUUGAUAGUAAGCUCCAUAACAUUCUUUAUGGGGAUGCUGAUGGAUGGGCAAAGAAAUCAAUUUCAUGUCUAAGUUCAUAUCUUCCAAUCAUGAAUCCGCAUACGAAGGUUGUUCAGCAGUGGAACAAGUUCUUUGUUAUCUCCUGCUUGAUCGCAAUAUUUGUUGAUCCAUUGUUUUUCUUUGUUCUCUCUGUACAGGAGGACCAGAAGUGUAUGGUCUUGAACUGGUCCUUUGCAACUGCAUUGGCAGUUGUAAGAAGUGUGACUGAUUUCAUUUACCUGUUACACAUGCUUCUUCAGUUCAGACUAGCAUAUGUUGCACCUGAAUCCAGAGUUGUUGGUGCUGGGGAUUUAGUUGAUCAGCCAAAAAAAAUUGCACUUCAUUAUCUUCAUGGUUGCUUCAUAUUCGAUGUGUUUAUUGUGUUGCCACUUCCUCAGGUAAUGAUAUUACUAGUCAUACCAAAAUAUGCGGGCUCAUCAGCAGCAAACUAUGCAAAAAAUCUUUUACGUGCCACGGUUCUUCUUCAGUAUGCCCCAAGAAUUGUUAGAUUUCGUCCCUUGCUUGCUGGGCAGUCUGCAAGUGGCUUCAUUUUUGAGUCAGCUUGGGCUAACUUCGUUAUUAAUCUUCUUAUGUUUAUGUUGGCUAGUCAUGUUGUUGGUUCGUCUUGGUACCUCUUUGGGUUACAGAGGGUAAAUCAAUGUCUAAGGGAUGCCUGCUCUUCCAGUUCUCUUUUUCCAUCUUGUGCAUCAUAUAUAGACUGUGGACGUGGGAAUAUUGUUGAACAGAAUGAUACAAAUAAAACAAAUUGGUUGAAUGAUUAUACUUCUAGUGAUUGCUUUAACGGUAGUGGAGGACAUUUUGUUUAUGGCAUUUAUCAACAGGCUGUCUUAUUAACAACAGAGGACAGUAUUGUUAAACGAUAUAUAUAUUCCUCAUUCUGGGGAUUUCAGCAAAUCAGUACCUUAGCUGGUAACCAAGUUCCAAGUUAUUUUGUGUGGGAAGUUCUGUUCACUAUGGCCAUCAUUGGAUUGGGGCUCUUGUUAUUUGCAUUGCUCAUUGGAAAUAUGCAGAACUUUCUCCAAGCCCUUGGCAGAAGGAGACUUGAAAUGCAACUUAGACGACGUGACGUUGAACGAUGGAUGAGCCAUCGUCGUUUGCCAGAAUAUUUGAGGAGGAAAGUAAAGCAAGCGGAGAGGUUUACUUGGGCAGCUACUCGAGGUGUAAAUGAAGAAGAGCUACUAGAGAAUCUACCGGAGGACCUACAAAGGGAAAUUCGUCGCCAUUUCUUUAAAUUUCUCCAUAAAGUUCGGAUAUUUUCCCUGAUGGAUGAGCCCCUCUUUGAUGCUGUUUGUGAAAAAUUAAGGCAAAAGUUAUACAUUAGAGGAAGUGAUAUACUUUAUGUGGGAAGUCCUGUUGAAAAGAUGGUUUUCAUAGUGAGGGGUAAAUUGGAGAGCAUUGGAGCAGAUGGAAAUGUGGCUCCUUUAUCAGAAGGAGAUGUAUGUGGUGAGGAGCUCCUCACAUGGUAUCUUGAACACUCUUCCUUGAAUAGAGAUGGUGGGAAAAUCAGGUUCCCAGGACAGCUCUUGUUUUCAAACAGGACUGUUAAGUGUCUAACUAACGUUGAGGCAUUCACACUACGAGCUGCUGACUUGGAAGAAGUCACUACAUUGUUUUCCCGAUUCCUGCGGACCCCACGUGUGCAAGGAGCGAUUAGGUAUGAAUCACCCUAUUGGAGAAAUAUUGCUGCGACCCGCAUUCAAGUAGUAUGGAGAUACAGGCAGAGACGUCUAAAGCGGAAUGAGAGUUCCAACAAUGGAUCUACUCAUUCUAGGUCUCAUGUUUGGCGACAAUGGUCAUCAGAUUCAGCAAAGCAGAUUUCACACUUCUGAGUCUAACAUGUAAUCCAUAUAUACAAGUCUUACUAAAGGACUUUUGACAUCACGUCAAGGUCCUGUACUUUUGUCACCAUGCUAUUGCGUCAGGCAAAUGAUCCAAUCAGUAAUCAGUUUAAAGGCAUCGAUCAUCUUCUUUCUAGGUUUAUGGUUUCCCUGAGGGUGGGUGCCUUUUUGUUAAUUGCUUUACUUAAGAGGUUUAAAUAGCAUGUAAGUUCACUAUAAGCAAAUAUCUAGUGUAAUAUGUGUGUGUGUGUGUGUAUAUAAAUAAGCUGGGAUUAGAGAGAGGUGGUCGAUAGGAUAACUAUUCUUCACAUUUGCCUUCGAUUCUGAAGCUAUAUUUUGUCCCUACGUGUUCCAUAAUUAAAGAACACGUGGAAUGGGGGCUUGACU